AAGAACAAUUUCAAUUUCUCAGUAAUCCUAAUCCUUUAGCAAUUUUUUGUGAUAAAAUUAAUUGAAGAAAGGUGACAAUUACUUAUCGAAUUUUCUCUUGAAAGUUGAAUCAAGUGUAUUGAUCGUUCUGUACUUCUGUAAUGUGGAAAUCAUUAUUGCAGUUUUGACUGUUUUGUAGAUGUUUUGUAUCGGCAGUUUUAGUUUAUCGAGUUGAAGAAUAAUUUCAAAGAUCACCUGAAGAAUUUUCUGUUUGUAAUCAUUGUGCUUCUAAUGAUAAAAAGCGAAUUGUGUCAUCUUUGUGUCGAGUGAAGAUGAUAGAGACAGGUUGUGAUUUUGCUAAUCGAAUCAUCUUUCAUCUCAUCUUUAUGGCCUGAAAAUUCCUUCGCGAAAGAUAAAGAAGAUUCCAUUUCGGUUGUUGUUCCAUUAUGCGAUCCUGGAAAUGAAUGUACAAGCAUUACCUAUAUGAUUGUAUCGAUAGCAGCAAAUUACCUACACUAUCGCGCAGCAACCGAAGACUACUACUGAACAAGCGAACAGAUAACGUCGUAUUUAUGCUUCAGAAACUGAAAAAUUCAAAUCAACUACUUAUACUUAGGUACUUUGCAAAUACGUGCUUUAUCGCUCUAUACUCGGCUUUCAAAGUGAAAUCAAAUGAUUCUCAACAUCGUAUCAUUUGGGUGACGUUUAAUGGUGAAUUUGCGCAAUUUCGUAAGGAAAUUUGGGAGAGUACAAAUUUUAUCCAUAAGAGUACCAGAACGUAAUAAUAUUAAGUAAGUCAAUUUUUUGUGAUUUGUGCAAAAAUUAAUUUUGUAAUUAUUAAUUUAAGUACGAUAAUUCUUGUAUUGAC